GGAGAACGGGGGAUUUGCGCCACAGUGACAUUUACUAUCCACAAAGAGAGCCUUAGAGGAAAAAAAAUUCGAGAACUGAUGUUGUAUUCGAUAUAAACCAGAGUGUGUGUGAUAGUGGAUUUACUACUUACUAGUAAAUCACUUUAUUAGGAACACCUGUGCAUGCAAUUAUCAGUGGCAUUAGGAACACCUGUGCAUGCAAUUAUCAGUUGGUGCCACAUGGGCUGGUUUGAGUGUGUAGAAACUGCUGAGAUUUUCACACAGGACAGUCCCACAGAAUGGUGGGAAAAACAAAAUAACAUCCAGUACGUCACGGUUCUGUGGGUGGAAACUCCUUGAUGAUGAGAGAGAUCCGAGGAAAAUGGCCAGAUUGGUUCAAGCUGACAGCAAGGCUAUGGUAACUCACAUAACCACUCUUUACAACCGUGGUGAGCAGAAAAGCAUCUCAGAACGCACAACAUGUCAAACCAUGAAGCAGAGGGGCUACAAUCAUGAAAGACCACAUCGGAUUUCACGCCUGUCAGCCAAGAACAGGAAUCUGACACUACAGCGUACACAGCUCCACCCAAUCUGGACAAGAUUGGAAAAGAUGUUUUUCGGUGAGCCUGUGCCCACUGUAGCCUCAGAUUCGUGAACACUAACUGAAGCUCUUGUCCUGUAUCUACAUGAUUUCAUGUUUUGCUCUGCUGCCACAUGAAUGGCUGAUUGGAUAACUGCAUGGACAGGUGCUCCUAAGAAAGUGGAGCAUUCAGGCUGGCUGGAGUGUGCAUCGGUCUAAUGUGUAUCGUUCAGGCGACUCUCAACAUUGUCCUGCGGCUGUACCUUACCUCCAAGGUGGAUACGGAGCUGUUAGUGACGAGCUGCGACAAUCACACGCUGUCUAUAUACAUUGAGCAGCUCCAGAGCAGGUACAAUAAUCUUGUUAAGGAGAAAGGCCAGUUAGAGACCAACUACAUUGACCUGGGUAAAGCGAGAGAUCAGCUACAGAAGAAGAAAAAUGAACUCCAGAACAGACUUUCCGACAUUGCUGCAGAUAUCAGGAAGCCAGGGUGGCUCUUCUUCAGGUCCAGUCUUUACUACAUGUCUACUGGGAUGAAGAGCUGGUCUCAGAGCAGACAGGACUGCAAGGAGAAAGGAGCAGACCUGGUGGUCGUAAACAGCAGAGAGGAACAGGAUUUCAUUGAGAUGUUAAGAAGAGGAAAGAGCGCUUGGAUUGGAUUGAGUGACCAAGACACAAAGGGCGUGUGGAAAUGGGUGGACGGUACACAACUGACCAUUGCCUACUGGUGGACUAGGGAGCCCAAUAAUUAUACAGGAAAUGAGCACUGUGUUGAGACGGGUUAUAAGCCGGAAGACGAAAGACCAGUAACAGAUAUCCUAAACACGUGGAACGAUAAUUCAUGCUCUGCCAGUUUGUUUUGGAUAUGUGAGAAAGCAAUUUCCAUUUAAGUCUCUGUGAAGGGAAGGAUUUUAGAACUCAUUGAGAAGAGCACAAACACAUUGCAAAAACUUUGACUUAGGAGUGUAUUAUUUCUUUAGCUACCUCCAUUACUAUAUGCAUAUUAGUACAUAUAUUCAUGAGUGUUGUAAUGACAUAUUUUCAGAACAUUAAGUUCUGCAAUUGACUCCUUGUGUUCAUGUCUGACACUGUAUGUUGGAUGUUUUCACUGUAUUUUUAAAUUCUUGCUUCAAAAUAAAUGCAUUUCAUGUCUUA